CGGAGAGUAGUCUUUAUUUUGGUAAAACCAAAUCAAUGAUUUUGUUUAGAUCUCUCAUUCAUUCAUUCAUUCUCUCCCUCUUUUUCUCUUUCGAUCUAAGUAAUCUCCUCCCUCUCUCCCUGUUGUGUUCAACACCAGUCUCAAAGCGCCGACAAUUUUUCUCCAAACAUUUACCUACGAUCUGUGUUUCUCUCCCCUCAACAUCCCACAUUAAUUCCCUUUCCACUUCCCAACUCACUCCCUUCCCAUUUCUGGGUCCUCUUUCUCAAUUCUGCUUUCAUUCUUCUUAUCUUAUGAUAUGGUUUCUUAACUUCCAACCUAGGGUUUCUCUCUGCCAUGGCAACCACUCAAACUCCUAGCUGGCGGGAGGGCAUGUCCUCUGAUAAUAUUAAGGGCUUGGUUCUUGCUCUUUCUUCCAGUUUUUUUAUUGGUGCUAGCUUCAUUGUUAAGAAAAAGGGCUUGAAGAAAGCCGGCGCUUCUGGAGUCAGAGCGGGGGUUGGAGGCUAUUCUUACCUAUACGAGCCUCUUUGGUGGGUAGGCAUGAUUACAAUGAUUGUUGGAGAAAUUGCUAAUUUUGCAGCUUACGCAUUUGCUCCAGCUAUACUAGUUACCCCACUUGGUGCUCUCAGCAUAAUUAUCAGUGCAGUGCUUGCACAUAUUAUAUUGCGGGAGAGGUUGCAUAUUUUUGGAAUUCUUGGCUGUGUUCUGUGUGUAGUGGGUUCCACAACCAUUGUGCUCCAUGCUCCUCAAGAACGUGAAAUCGAAUCUGUAACUGAAGUGUGGCAAAUGGCCAUGGAGCCUGCCUUUUUAUUGUAUGCAGCAUCGGUUAUGACAGCUGUGUUUAUACUUAUAUUCCACUUUAUACCACAAUAUGGCCAGACUCACAUUAUGGUUUACAUUGGUGUAUGUUCCCUUGUAGGAUCUUUAUCGGUCAUGAGUGUGAAAGCAAUAGGAAUUGCCUUGAAGCUAACACUAUCAGGAAUGAACCAGCUAAUAUAUCCUCAGACCUGGAUAUUUACUUUAGUUGUGAUUACUUGUGUGCUUACCCAAAUGAAUUAUUUAAACAAGGCACUUGACACUUUUAAUACAGCUGUUGUGUCACCGAUAUACUAUGUCAUGUUCACGUCAUUUACCAUCUUGGCUAGUGUGAUAAUGUUUAAGGACUGGGACAGGCAGAGCCCAACGCAGGUUGUGACGGAGAUGUGUGGAUUUGUGACUAUUCUUUCAGGAACUUUUCUUCUUCAUAAAACAAAGGAUAUGGUCGAUGGUCCAGCGGCAAACUUAUCAAUACGGCUCUCUAAGCAUGCCGAGGAAGAUGGAUUUAGUGGUGGAGAAGGCAUUCCUCUCAGACGACAAGAAUCCUCGAGAUUGCCUUGAUCCCUUGAGAAUAUGGUUCUUCUUCGGGUUUCAUGUCGAUAUCAACUUUGUAUUCUAUCACAGAGUUCCACCCCCUUGGUGUUCCUUUUUGGAUAAAGUAGAUAGAAAGGUGAGAAUUUUCUAUCACUUUCCAUUUCUAUCUCCCCGAGACUUGACAAUGGGGGUAAUGCCUAUUGGCUUUGUACACAAGUUCUUGCAACCCCACAAAAUCCAUAUGAAAGAUGCAAGCCAACAGAAUUCUUUUUCAUCAA